UUAAUCUGUCUCCUCCCCUUUAUGUACAUUGAAGUGGAUUUAACAGGUGACAUCAAUAAGGGAUCAUAGCUUUCACCUKGUCAGUUUGUCAGGGAAAGAGAAUGUUUUGUACUCAGUGAGUUUUUGCUGUUUUAAGAACAUUCAGAAUUUCUAUUCGACGAUGGGAUCAAGUUCUAUUGUUUGAUAUUCCAAUUUAGACUUUACUCAAUAUUUUGGUCUGCCCUGUAAUUUAAUUUACUGUAGAAUCAAAGCUGAGGUUUUUGGCUUGUCACACCAUAGAUUGUGCAGAGAUAUAUUUGCUGUCACCUACUUACAGCCCUAUGUGCGUUUUAAUAGAUUCAUUAUAUAAUAUUCUUAAUUUAAUCCUUUYCCCAUUUUUGUGUUUUCAAAAAAGCAAUACUUCAUAGAGAAAUUAACAUCCUCCUAGCUGACUUAGAAGACCCUGAGUGUUCAAAUCCUGCUGUGCCUGGUGCAUCACACAGUUGGAGUGUGAGGAAGGAACUCUCACAGGAUAGGUGGAGGGAGUCCAGGCCUGAGAUUGUAGAUUCUCUGCUGGCUGCAGAGCAUGCUUCUCAGAAGAUCUGUCAGUCAUGCGAUGUGAAAAGGGCUAUUCUGCGAUGUARAGACUUGUCUGCCGAAACAGCUUUACUGCAAAGACUGUGAUGUCUCUACACAUGCAAAGUUUCCCCUGCACAACAGACAGUCCAUGAUCGAGGGGUUCUACACGCCCCUUCCUCCAACUACAGCCAUAUCUCUCCACAGUGAUGGCAAAUAUGCACUUCAUGAACAGGAUUGUUUCUUACCAUUGGAUGUACCAGAGGUGAUAUGUGGUUGCCUGACAAGCACCAUCCAUGUUGGCCCUGGGAAACAUAUAAUCCUCGUAGGAAUAAAUGGUCGCUACAAUGUCACAGUGCCUGUGCUGACCUGCACAACUUGUCUYAGCACCUGGACAGCAAACUUCGCAGAUCUGAUAAAGAAUGGGUACUGGCCUGCCACUGUCAACUGUGACACCAUAUACCAGGUAGAUSUGUUCAGCUCUUUUGAGGAGCUGAAAGUGUCAGCCCCAGGAAUGUCCCGUCUGGCGUUUAUGCAGAUUUUGGAGCAGCGAACUGACUUCUUUGGCAGGAACGGAAUGAUCUGUGGGGACACUUUUCAAAAAAGCUUCUUUGAGUGGACGUACUGCCGCUCUGAAGUUGAUCAGGUCUGUGAUAUACAGUACUUUGACUGCCCAGCCUGUUCCCCCGGCAUGCUUGCAGUGUCAGUGGACGGGAACAAGAAGCUGUAUCGAUUCAAAAAAGGGACUGAUGACAAAGGAUUCUUUGAUGGCGUAUUUAUCUGCAAGGAUGAGGAUGWGUCUGACUUUGUGAACUAUGUCCAUACAAAGUUUCCUGUGUAUCUUCUAAUCUGUGAAAUAGGACUGGCCUCGGGCCAUCUGACUCAAAGACAGACUCCUUAUACACUAUUCUAAUAAAAACAUAUCAUUUUGGAGAGAUGGUAAUCCUCUCUCUUCAAGUCCAGGGUCGUUACACCACUCCCUCUGUUCAGAAAUGCAACACACUUUACAAGUGCUUCUUUUUGACAGUCAAUCUCCAACUUCUUAUCUCCAUUGUAGCGAACAUAGGGGGUAGCUCAGCGCCCUCAGCUAAAUUUUAAAAACCUAACCACUGUCCCGUUAACACUUCCCCCAAAACAUUUUUUCUACCUAUACUCUUCU